CGGGCUGGUCGGUGGGUUCGGGUUGUGCUCGCAGAAACCUUACACCUCCCUCCGUUCCUGGGUAGUAGGAGUACAUUCCUGGGGCUUCUUUCUACUGUGUCGGCCACUCGGCUAACACUGACAGAGGUGUCGAUGGGAGGGUCUCAGAGUGCGACGCUUCACGGCAACAGGACCAAAGGAUUCCACGUCCUCCGGGUACAGGAGAACUCCCCGGGAUACUGGGCUGGGCUGGAACCAUUCUUUGAUUUUAUCAUUUCAGCUGGUGAUAAGAGGCUGGAUAAAGAUGACAAUGCACUGAGGGAGCUGUUACUAGGCAACGUGGAGAAGUCGCUCAAAAUGGCCAUUUACAACACCAAAACUCAAGCAGUUCGCGAAGUUAGUGCAACACCCAGUAACCUCUGGGGAGGACAGGGGCUGCUUGGAGUCAGCAUUCGGUUCUGCAGCUUUGAAGGAGCAAAUGAAAAUGUUUGGCACAUCCUGGAAGUGGAGCCCAAUUCCCCUGCUGCAUUAGCUGGUCUGAGGCCAUACACAGACUACAUUAUUGGAGCUGAAGCCAUACUCAGUGAGUCUGAAGAUUUGUUCUCUUUGAUUGAAUCUCACAAUGGAAAGCCACUAAAGAUCUACGUGUACAACAAUGACACAGAUAACUGUAGGGAGGUGAUUAUCACACCAAACAGUGCAUGGGGUGGAGAGGGCAGCUUGGGCUGUGGAAUUGGCUAUGGAUACCUGCACCGGAUACCAAUCCGUAAGCAGCUAAUAGAGCGGAAGGUAACUCCAGUUCUCCGAACUAGCUUGCCUGUGAGUCCCAUGGUUCCUCUUUCAGCUCCAAGUGCUCCUGCAAUGAAUAACAUGCCCUCAGGUCUACCAAAGGAGCUGAGUGAUCUCAGGCUGAAAACAGCAUCUACUUCAGUCCCAGGCACAUUCUCACCAGGUUCUGUGGGAGUUCCAUUGUUUCCUCCUUUGAAGGAACCUUUCACUGUGUCAUUAGCGAAUGCAUCUAUUUCCAGUACUAUGCCAGGUAUGAUAACCGCACCAGCUGUGUUUACCAACUUGCCUAAUUUUCCAAAUCUGAAUGUGGCUUUUCCCAGCCUUUCCAUGGGAUCAUCGUCAGGGAUAGGAGAAAAUCCUGUGCCUACAUCUACAGAUUCAUCCUUGUCAGCUGCCAGUCCAGUACCGCAUCUGGUUUCAUCCAAUCUCCCUCCUGCAAAUCUUGGCACAGCUCCUGUGCUUCCAGCUUUCUCUACAGCACCACCAGUUUGCCCCAGCCAUUCAACUUCAUCAGAGAAUAUGACAAUACCUUUCCACUCUCAGUGGAGUAAGGUCUUGGAUUCCACACCUGCUGUAGCUCAGAAGUAGUCUCUUCCCAGAGGCUGAAAUGAAAAGUUGUCUUCCGCACUUGUAAUGAAGCUGCCAGAAGGUAUAAUCUGUUCAGAAAGCACUAAUAAACUACUGAGGGAAGCCUACCCCAACACGAGUAGCACUGCCACAAUUCUAACUGAAUAGAAUCCAACCUACUUUUAAUAAAUGAGUAAGGCUUUCCAAUCUAGCAAUGUGUAUGUAGUUGUCAGUCUGACUCUAGCAGCAUGACAAUCAAAAUUCAAAGUACAUUUAUUAUCAAAGUAUGUAUACAUUAUAUAACCUUGAGAUUCAUCUCCUUACAGGCAGCCACAAAACAAUAAACCCAAAAGAACCAAUUUUUUAAAAAACUGACAAACAUCCAAAGUGGAGAGAGAGAGGGAGAGAAACAAAUUAUGCAAACAAUAAAAGUAAGCAAAUAGCAUUUAGAACAGAAGAGUCCUCAGACAUGAAGCCUGCAGCAGCCAAAGUAGGCCCACAGCCUCAGUUCAGCAUGUUAGCGGAGUAAACAGUGCAGAACCCGCAGACACUAAGCUCAGAGCGGCCGGAGCAGGCCCACAGCCUCAGCCUCAGUUCAGCAAAGAGUGGAGUAAGUGUCGCGGAACCGGCAGACACGAAGCCCAGAGCAGUCCCACAACCACAGUCUCAGCCUCAGCCUCAGCCGCAGUUCAGCACAUUGCAGAGUAAACGUUGUGGAGCGCACAGACACAAACCCCGGAGCAGGCCCAUAGCUACAGUCUCUGCCUCAAUUCAGCACAUAGUGGAGUAAGCAUUCCAGAGCACUGGGCAGAGCCAGCCCGACCCUCGCUUCUGAUCCCGGCACUCUGCCUUUUUAAUCCAUCUGGCCUAGCCUUUAAAUCGUCCAAGUAUCGAGUUGUCCUGAGCCCUGUUGCAUCGAUAUGCUCUCAGCCUGGACCCCACCACUAUGUUUCGGCCCCUACCUGACCUUUCCAAAUCAGCCCAGCACUUGAUUGAUCAUCUUUACAGUAGAGGAGGCCGUGGAUAGACAUGCCAGAAUGGGAUAUGGAAUGGAUGUGGAUCUGCGAGACCCGACGCAGACUGGGAGACUGCUUUGCUGAACACCUACGCUCUGUCCGCCAGAGAAAGCAGGAUCUCCCAGUGGCCACACAUUUUAAUUCCACAUCCCAUUCCCAUUCUGACAUGUAUAUCCACGGCCUCCUCUACUGUCAAGAUGAAGCCACACUCAGGUUGGAGGAACAACACCUUAUAUUCCGUCUGAGUAGCCUCCAACCUGAUGGCAUGAACAUUGACUUCUCUAACUUCCUCUAAUGCCCCACCUCCCCCUUGUACCCCAUCCGUUAUUUAUUUAUAUACACACAUUCUUUUCUCUCUCUCUCUCUCUCUCUCCUUUCUCUCUCUCUCUCUCUCCUUUCUCUCUCUCUCUCUCUCCCCUUUUUCUCUCUCUCUCUCUCUCCUUUCUCUCUCUCUCUCUCUCUCUCUCUCUCUCUCU